GCUUCUUCCUCUACCUUCUUCUCCGCGUCCUACGCCCACCUCCAUCUUGACGCACGAAGCUGUUCAUACGCAUCACCACCGUUCCAUGGAGAGAAGAGGAAUCUUCCGGAGUUCACCUCCGCGUCGGCGUCGAUGAAUCCAGCAUCGGCGUGGCGUGGCGUGUUCGCGUCAACCGAGAGCCUUGUCUUGUUUGCUGAUCCACACAGACUCCAACGCCUACGUGGUUAUCCGUGAAGAACCACAGACAUCUUUACUGCCCUGUGUCGUCGUAUGUGUCGACCACGAAGAGUCCGGUCCUCCAUUGACAUGCGAGAUGUGUCGGAACAGCUGCGUCCAUUAAAGCUCCUCAGCACAUCUGGGUGGGCUGUUCUGACAGGCACACUGCAUGGUUUGCUUGCCACCAUUUAUUGGAUCAGAUGUUUCUUACCGUGGGUUGAGAUCUUGCACUCUGACAACAAUGCAGGUCAUGCUUUGUUCGCCAUUGUUCAUCGAGUCAGACGUUUCCUGUAGUGGCUCCAUUCCACUAACUUGAGCUGUCUGUUGAUUGCUGAAGACGUGUGCAGUAGACACGCAGAGGGCUAAGAGAGAGAGAGAGAGUGAGAGAACUGAUCGGAAUAUAUAAUAUGACACCAUGGCUUCGGCUACUGAGGUAGCUUCUUGCUACAUCUUUGUUCCUCAUGGUUGUCCUCAGCCUCACACAACUCUCAAGUGUUGUUUGCUCGUCUUAAAGAAGACUGUUUGGUGAGCGGAAAGGAUGAGUAAAGAACAAGAGAGCAAGUUACUGAAAACGCAGGCAUGUGUUCUGAAAGUGAACAUAUGUUGUGAUGGAUGCCAGAAGAAGGUGAAGAAACUGCUGCAAAAGAUCGAAGGGGUCUACACUACCACCAUAGAUGCAGAGGAGAGGAAGGUGACCGUCACAGGGAAUGUUGAUCCUGCCGUCCUGAUUACAAAGCUUAGAAAGGCUGGCAAACAUGCUCGGCUGUGGUCUGCAAAGGCUGGAAACCAUCACACCCUCACCGACCAGCUUGAGCUUACCAAAGCACAGCAGCAGAAGGAACACUGGAAGACACAGAAGAAGGGCCAGCAGCCACAGCAGCAGGCAAAAGGGUUCAAGGAUCUGAAGUUUCCGAAUCUGAAGGGACUGAAGUUGCCCUUCAGGAAGGGCAACAGAACAGUCAAGUUUGACCUUCCUCCCAAGGAAGACGUUGAUGAUGGAAGUGAGUAUAGUGAUGAUGACUACGAUGAAUUUGAGGACGAUGACGGCUUGGACGCCAUGGAUGGCUUUGAAGAGGACGUCCGUGGGAAGGUUCUGGGGAAAGAUACGAAAGGCGCCGCUGGUGGUGGUGGUGGAGGAGGACGUAAGGGAGGAGUACAGGCGCAAAACAAGGCUAUGGGUGGUAGCAACGUCAAUGGUGGGGGGAGCCACAGCCAGGGCGGCGGUGGUAAAAAUGUCCAUGGAGCCCGUGACAGCAAGCAUGAAGGAAAACACAACAAGGGUGGCAAGAAGGGUGGUGGUGGUGGGAGCAAUGAUGGCGUGGGGGGCGAUGGCCAACUUAACAUGAUGGGGCAAAUGGGUCACAUUCCAGCAGUCCGAAGGCUGUCGGCCGGAGGGGGCAUGCCGGGGUACUUCCAGGGUGGAAAUGUGCCGCCGGAGAUGAUGAUGGCAGGAACAAAUCCCUACCAUCAGCAGCAGCAGCAACAGCAGCAGCGGCAGAGGAUGAUGAUGAUGAUGAUGAUGAUGAACGGUCAAGACCGUGCUGCAUUCCCGCCGCCUGUGGGCUACGGCUACGGCUACGGCCGGCCGGUUUACGCGCUACCGCCACCGCCAACCCAACCCCAGGCGGAGCCUUACACCAUGUUCAGUGAUGAGAACCCCAACAGCUGCUCCGUCAUGUGAAGCAAUCUUGACAGUGUGCGUCUCUUCUCCCUCGAGAAGCAUGAAGAGGGAUCACUCUGCCCUUAUCAUCAUCUUCCAAUAUGUCUCUUUUUCUCUUUUGUUUUCUUGAAUUCCGGGCAUAGGUUUUAGAGCUAUAUAUGUGGUUGUCACUGCAGCUUUUAGCAACACAUGGAUGGAUGGAUGGAUGGAUAGGUCUUCCACUUGUGGUUCUAUAUGUUGUUUGCUUAAUGUGAUGAUAGUACUGAAGUGAGUGAGUUAUGUUAUUUAA